AUGAAAAAUGCCCUUUUGGAGCUCUGGGUAGAAAAGAAUCACUGGCAACCGGCUCCAGUCUACUCUGCCACAGUCAAGACCGGGUCACCCGGCACCACGUUACCACCCGUCGGCCCGGGCUGGGCCUCCGCCGUCCGUCCUCGGCCGGCCAAAGGGGAGAAGCCUCUGGAUUUCCCAGAAACCGGGACAAGCCCGUUGCCUCGGAGGAAGAGGAGCGUCCCGUUUCCUCUUGGCGUCAGAAUUUGCCCCGGGGAGAGCGUCCCAAGGGCCACCGCCAACCACUUAAACUAUUUCAAAGUCCGAGUGUGCCAGGAAGCCGUCUGGGAAGCCUUUAAGAUCUUUUGGGACCGAAUUCCGGACCGCGAGGAGUACUGGAGCUGGAUGAAGCUAUGUGAGGACGGGAACACGAGCAUCUUCGAAAUAGGCGGCAACUUCAGUCAGUCGGAGGAGCACCAGAACCUCAUUGUGAAGAGACUCUCUUCCACAAGGGAAACCACAAGCAGCUCUGGUCCGUCGGCUCCUGCCAGUGAAGACACCACAUUACGAGAUGCUCGGGCCAUUGUCCUGCCUCCGGAAGAGGUCUUCAUCGAAGGUGCCUCAGAUCGCAGGUCGGAGAGAACAGAUGAAAGCAUUCCCAACGAGAUUGGCGAUGUGACCGAGAAGCCCACCAAGCUGACGGCCGAGCAGGUUGUGGAAUUUAGUAUCCACCUUUCUGGGCCGCAGUUCGCCGAGGCCCUGAGUGACCCGGCCGGUGUCCAAGAGCAGCACCUCUCGGAGCAGUUUAUCGCCCAGGUUGAAACUGCAUUUGAUGGCUUACCUGGAUACAAAGACAUCCGUGUGCUGACAUUUAGGUCGCCUCAGGAAAGCGGCAGUGGCGUGGACGUCCGCUUCGCGGUCACGUUUGACGGCGAGACCUUCAGCAACGCCACGUGGGACCGGACUAACCUCCACUCCAACAAGGUGGAAAACCACGGCCUGGAGGGCCUCGAGGGUAAACCCGCCGUGGUUUACACGGUCAGCGACUUCCGGGAUUUCGUCGCCGAGGCCCUCCACAGGGAUCUCUUGUUGGGGAAUACCACACUGAGCCCAGAUCCCGACUCCCUCUCGCUGCUCAGCGUGAGAGAUGUUCUUUUUCCAAAUCCGGAAGAUCCAACGUGGAAUACUGAAAGCCCGAGCCUCCUGGUGCCUCCUCCGUUUGUUCCGAUUUUAGCAUCUUCAAGAAGUCUCUUACAAAGGCCAACGUUUCUCGGGGGCUGCGUGGUGCUGCUGAAGCACAGCGAUAAUUCCCUUCGAGGCGAGCGUCCUUCAGCCGGUGAAUCAACAGCCAGCAACGUCUUUUCCCUUGAUUUCGACGAGCCAGGCCUCACACACGUGGAAGGAUCAGAAGGUUUACUUUUGGUUAACUCAUUGCCUUCGACCGCCCCUACCCAUGCCGUGCCAAGAGAAACCAUGCCAUCCACCCUCGACCCCGGGAUGCCUUGGUCUUCCGCCCCGCCUGCGGCCUCUCCGUUCCCAGUGAGGUCCCUUGCCGAAGAAACCGCCUCAUCCUUUGGCCCGCAGCCAGACUCCUCCCUUGAAAGUGAACUCUUACUCGGAUCGGGUGCAGGGUCUGGACUAGAACUAGAUCCGAUUGCUUCACAAUGGAGGAAGCCUUCAGUGGAGCAGGCCAUCAGCGCUACCCCUCCUGCGUCGUCGCUUGGCGGUAAGGGAUGGCCGUCCCCUUCGGAGGACGUGGAUGAGGGACGGGUCGUAGACGAUCUCGUCGACAUCGUCAGCCUGACCGAAGUCACCCCUUCUCCCGGGGUGGGAGAAGGCCUGCUCGCUCUCUCCGAAACAACAAAUGAGCCCAUCUUUGGGGAGACCACAACUCAGCCCGUCCCUGCGUUUUGGACAUCAGAGUCCUUGACUGCCGAACUCCCUCCGCACUCACCUGAGGCCUCUGGGUUGGAGGGGGACUCUGUUGUAACGGAACAGAAGGAGACUGUGGAGUUGUCCACCGCCGAACGAUUAGAUGUAGGCGUCUUGGCCGUUGAGCCGGGCAUGGAGUCGGAAUGGACCGGAUGGCGGAAGCCGGACGUCGUGCAGGGAGAAGCUGCUUCUUCUCCUGGUCUAUCUGUCGAGGACUUGUGGGUGGACGGCAGUCAAAUUCCAGGUGCACACUUCAGCAUUCAUGGCCCCUCUUCCUCAGAGCCGUUAGCAACCUCGACGGGUCCCAAGACUGCAGUCGCAGCAGCAGUGGACGCUAAAAUUUCCAGCCAGGCUCCUUAUUUAACAGAGUCAUUCACCGAUCCUGAAGACCACUCGAAACCACCCAAAUCAGGUCAGGGUGGUCCUGCCCUUUGGAACGCUGAAAGUAACUUGGAUUCUCCCGCAACGGUGGGUCCGGCGGAGGGUACCACUAGCCUCCUGCCCAAAGCUCCCGUUACCCAGGCAACCGAUUGGCCUCCAACCAUCCGCUCCCCUCAAAUGGAGGAUGAAGUGAUGACAGGCGUCCAGGAUAUUUCACUAGAGCUGGACCGGCUGGGCACAGUUUACCAUCUCUCUGAGCUAAAUGAAGAAGAAGGCAGCGAUGCCAGAACUCGCACGGAAACGCCUGCCGAUGUCCACGCUACAGAGCUGGCCAGGGUGGCUUGGACCACUCGUGCAGACCACCAGCCAGACCGGGCCCUGGUGGUCUUCUUCAGCCUCAGGGUGACCAACAUGAUGUUUUCGGAAGACUUGUUUAACAAAAAUUCCCCCGAAUAUAAGGCCUUGGAGCAGAGAUUCUUAGAACUGCUGGUUCCCUACCUCCAGUCCAAUCUCACGGGAUUCCAGAAUCUGGAAAUCCUCAACUUCAGGAACGGCAGCAUCGUGGUGAACAGCCGGAUGAAGUUCGCCAAGCCCGUGCCCCGGGACGUCACCAGUGCCGUGUACGUGAUUCUGGAGGACUUCUGCAACACGGCUUACCAAACCAUGAACCUGGCCAUCGACAAAUUCUCCCUGGACGUGGAAUCGGGAGAGCAAGCUGAUCCUUGCAAGUUUGAAGCCUGCGAUGAGUUUUCCGAGUGUCUCGUCAACCGCGGGAGCGGAGAGGCCGAGUGCGUCUGUUACCCCGGCUACCUGAGCGUCCAAGGACUUCCCUGCCAGAGUGUCUGUGACCUGCAGCCCGAUUUCUGCCUCAAUGACGGGAAGUGCGACAUCAUCCUCGGCCAUGGCGCGAUUUGUAGGUGCCGCGUGGGAGCCAACUGGUGGUACCGAGGCCAGCACUGUGAGGAGUACGUGUCGGAGCCGCUCGUGGUGGGCAUCGCCGUCGCCUCCGUGGCGGGAUUCCUGCUCGUGGCCUCCGCCGUCAUCUUCUUCUUGGCCCGAACCCUGAGAGGCCAGUAUGCCAAGAGUGAGAUUGAGGGCUCCUUCCGGCGGCAGGAUGACAGCCCCUCGUCCACUGAGAAUGCAGUGAAGUACAACCCCAUGUUUGAGAGCGACACCACCAGCGGAUGGGACCGCUCCGGCAGGAACCACCCUCAGCUCACCUCCUACAGCUCCACCAGCGGGGAGACGUCCACUGACCUCAGCAGCGAAGAGAUCAGGCACAUCUACGAGAACAGCGAGCUUUCCAAAGAGGAAAUUCAAGACAGGAUACGGAUUUUAGAACUUUAUGCCAAAGACCGUCAGUUUGCCGAAUUCGUGAGGCAGCAUCAAAUGAAAUAUCUGUAAGCAGUUCCCACACCAACAACAGCAGGACACUGGUGGAAAAUGAAGAUCACGCUCUGCCACAGCUCUGGGCCACUGCUGUCACUUCCUAGGCACAUUUAGGCUAUUUAAU